GUAAUUUUGUGUAAUUUCCCCCAAUUGCAGUGGCAUAUCCCUAACGAAGGCCAAGAAAUAGAAUAUCUUUUCUUCUUGGAUUCAGAUUUGUCUGGAUCUCAAACGAUGAACGCUGUGUCGAACUCUGCGACUGAUCUCAUUGAAGAAAACGCCGGUGGGAGUGAUUCGGACUCGAACCACGAGGACUCGCCGGAGUACUAUCAGCCAAUCUCCAUCGGCGAAGGCGAUCUUUCUGAUCAAUCAAACUCUGAUCAGAACUCAGAUGAAGAUUCUGAUUUGCAUCCUCUGCCGAACGGUUAUGCUCGAUGUGUAGAGAACAGGAUGUCUAUUCUUGAUCUGAGCGAGGACGAAGAAUCAGAAGAAGAAGAGGAGGAGAGGAUUGGAGAGGCGUCUGAUUCGGCGAUGCUGAGAGCAAUCAGAGAGGAUGAGAACCGCCGAAAUGCGCCCUUGACGGCUGAGAAUGCGACCAGAGUCAUGGAGGCGAUGCGUGGGAUUUCUUUCGGCGGAUUGGCUCCGGAUUGGGCGGAUCAAGUUCCGGAGAAUCAGUGGAUCAAUCGGCUGAGAAGAUUGAGACGACCACCAACCACUGUGCAAGAUUGAGCAAACCAAAUCAAAAUCAAAUUUGGAGUGAGACUGGGUAGCUAUUGAUAUUCCAUCAUUGAACUUUUCUUUAAUUUUUGGGUUGAUUUGAAUAUCUUAUUGUGAUUGUAAACUCUUUUUAGUUGAAUAGAGUUUUUAAAUCAUGACUUCA